AUGGCUCAUGUGAGAAAAUUUGCAGGGAUUCCCAUGUCUAAGUCAAUGCGAGGUAUUUGUAAAGAGGAGGACUAUGUCUUCUUGGGCACUCUGGAUGAGAAGGAAUCCAGCCAGGAGGAGACCACAUUUCUUGAAAGUGAAUGGAAGGCAAAACGGGAGGAAAGGCAUCUCCGCAGACUGGAGAGAGAGGAACAGGAGAGAAAGAGACUCCUUGAAUUGGAGGAACAGAGGAAGGAGAAAGAACAGAAAUGGAGGGACCAUGUUGCACAGCUGGCCAAUAAAAGGAUGGGCCUGAGAGAGAGAGCACAAAGACUCCAAGAGUUCAGGGAUUUUCAGAGAAAAGUGCUGGCAGAGGAUUUGGGUCUGGAUCCAAGUUCUGCUUCUGAGAAGAUCACACAACUUCUCCAGAGACUAUAA